UUGCAAGGAGGCAGCCGGGGGGCGGGGGGACUGGUCCCUCUCAGAAAUGGGUUUUCCCAGGUCCUGAUCGGCUCACAAGUGCCUAAGCAGCCGGCGGGCGGCGACCCCUCCCCAAGAUCCCCUUUGGCCAGCUGCCUGCACGUGGGAAGGGACCGUCCGCGGAGAAUCCAGCCUUUUCUGACUUGGGGAAGAUCCGCCAGCAGCCAUGUCACCUGAAGAAAUAACCUACUUGACUGUGCUUCUCAUCUCCAUCCCUAUUGGUUUUCUCUUCAAAAAAGGGGGACUGAGGACCAAGAAGUUUGGAGGGGCAGCUGCAGGGCUUUUGCUUGUGCUGGCUACCUGCCACAUCCACGCCCUCCACUCACUAGUCACCAUUCUUGGGACGUGGCUUAUCAUCAGUCUCUCUCCCAGGUCUUGCCACUACCUGACGCUCGGCUGGACAUUUUCUUACCUGCUCUUUUUUCGUACUGUUGCAUUCUUCCGUUUCCCAGACCCAACGCCAUACACCAAUGCCAUACAACUCUUGCUCACUCUCAAGAUGGUGAGUUUGGCCAAUGAAGUGCAAGAAUUCACCCAAGCAAAGAAGCAGGAAGUAGCAUCGUUUACCAAGUCUUCUGUGAUUGGCAUGAUCCCCAAAAUGCCAGGACUGGUGGAGAUACUGUGCUACAGCUAUUGCUAUGUGGGACUCAUGACAGGACCGUUUUAUCGCUACGGCACUCACUAUGACUGGCUGAACCAGCCCGACUCCUCAGCUAUCCCCAGCUGGCAACCUCUGCUUUCCAGAUCUAAAAUGAUUCCCAUCUUCGGGGUGGCUUUCCUGGUGGUCUCUCACUUCUUUCCCCUUGACUACGUCCGAAGCGACGCCUUCUACGAACGAGGACUUCCUUUCCGCCUCUUCUACAUGAUGCCCAUCUUUUUCGUCUUCCGCAUGCGUUUCUACGUGGCCUGGCUGUGUGCCGAAUGCGCUUGUAUCGCGGCUGCCUUUGGGGCUUAUCCGGUUGCUGCCAAGUCCCGGUCAGGCGGGGGCCCCACCGUGGAAUAUGAGCCUCUCAGCAGACCAGCUGACGGGGAGGUGUCGAGCAUCACCUAUGACUAUGAGACGAUUAAGAACAUCGACCCACAUGGCACGGACUUCUGCGUCAAAGUAAAGGAUGGCAUGCGCUAUUGGAACAUGACUGUACAGUGGUGGCUGGCUCAGUACAUCUAUAAAAGUGCGCCAGUCCGUUCCUAUGUUAUGAGGAGCGCCUGGACGAUGCUGAUCUCUGCCUACUGGCACGGGAUUCACCCUGGCUAUUACCUCAGCUUCCUGACCAUCCCGCUCUGCCUGGCGGCUGAAGGUGCGAUGGAGAGCGGCCUCUUGAAGCGCCUCUCCCCCGCGGGGCGUCUCUUCGGGGACUGGGUGCAGUGGUUCUUGAAGAUGCGGGCCUACGACUACAUGUGCAUGGGCUUCGUGCUGCUGACCUUUGAGGACACCGUCCGCUACUGGAGCGCCAUCUUUUACUGCAUCCACGUGGGGGCCGUGGCCUUCUUCCUCCUAGGGAAGCUGUUGGAAGGCCAGAGGGACCGGGGCGGCUCUCCAAAAGGCAAAGAUGGAGCUGUGCAGAACCCCCUGCGGCAGGAGUGAUGGGGCUGAGGCAAGGGGUGGCCGCUAGAGGUCGGCAAAGCCCACAAGUUGGAGCGCUCCCUGGGGUCCUGGAGAUCGGGGAAGUGACACAAGACUCUCUCUUUUGUUGUUCGUUCGCCCCACUAUUGGAAACCAGCGUUGGAGGUCCAUGAAUGGGAACCAGCCCUCCGGGCUCCCCCAAUACCUGCUCUCCACCUGCUCCCCUGCUAGAAUCCUGACCCCCUUCCCCAAUUGUCACCUGCAGUAACUCUCUAGGCAUCGGUCUUUCCCCAGGGAAAUCCUCCCUUCCAGUCUUUUUUCCAUCCCAGCUCCUAUUUUGCACCCAGGGAUCACUCCUAACAGCUGCCGGCUACAAAAUGUUGUUUUAUUUCUUUCCCCCUCCAACCUCAAGCCAUUUUACACAGGAGCAAGACAGAACCGUGCAGGAAUGAGCUGGCCUCUAAUUCUUGCCGGCUUCUUCCAAGCUCCUGGCUGGCAUUUUUUUUU